CCUUGCACCAUUGUUAAGUGAGGAGAUCCGUCUGUUGUUGCUUGCCAUCCCGCUCUGUUGAGAUUCAUUACAGUCCCAUAAAUCUGCUUGCCUCUGUGCCAUCUGCUUCCGGGCAGGAUGGACCCAAAGCCACUCAGCUCAAGGGGCAGAUGGAAGAAAGCCUCGGAGGAUAGGGAGCAGGAGAAAGCAGAAGAGGAAGAGGCAAAGAGGUUGGAAAGUUUGUUGUUUGCAUCAGGCAAGGGUGCAGAUGAGUUUCGCAAGGAGAAACUGGAUAUUGCACCCUUGCCGUCGUCCGAAGUCGAGGACUGCGAUGAUGGAGAGAGAGAGGAAGAAGGUGAGGAGGUGCAAUUCUUGGGGAAGAAAAGGCGGCCUGCUUGGGAUGAUCCAGAUGAGGAAGGGGUUGUAGUUGGUUUAAAGGUUGGCAGGAGAAUGAGAUCCAUGAGGGUCGAUCACACGGAAGUAGAAGUGAGUGGUGCUGAAUAUGCGAAACGUCUCCGGAAAGAGUAUGCAAAGCUCAAUCCCCGCACUGAAUGGGCAAAACUGCCCUCAGCGAAAAGUGAUCGGCCACCCGUGGAUGCUGGUGAUGGGCUGCGAUUGCGAAAUUCCAAAGACUCCGAUGAGUCUGACGAAGAAGGGUUGGGAGAAGUAGACGCUGCUGAGGAUGCAGAUGAUCUUUUGAGGAUUCGGCAGCCUUUGAUUGCUAAGAAAUCCUCUAGGCUGAUCCAAGGGGUCCUGGAGAUUAUCCCUCUGAAUGAUGCCAAUCGCGAUGAUCCGUGUCAGGGCAGGACCAAGUCAGUGGCUUUCCAUCCCAAUGGUCAGCUGUUUAUGACAGGUGGCACUGACAAAUCAUUGAAGUUCUUUCAACUGGACGGCAAGCACAACCCGAAAGUUCAGGGAAUCUUCCUUGACAACAUGCCUGUUCAGAAGGCAGCGUUCUCUGGGGAUGGCCUCAAGGUGUUUGCAUCAGGUGGCAGGAAGUUUUACUAUGUCUAUGACAUCCUUGGCGGCAGAGUGGAACGAGUUGACAAUAUAAUGGGGAGAGAGGAGAGGAGUCUUGAAACGUUUGAGCUGUCCCCGGACAAUAAUGUGGCUGCCUUUCUUGGCAAGGAUGGGUAUGUGAUGCUGGUGUCCCAGAGGACAAAGCAGUGGAUAGCCAAUCUGAAGAUGAAUGGGACAGCAAGAACGCUUGCCUUUACUGCAGGUGGGCAGGAGUUGAUUACAUCGGGCAGUGAUGGUGACAUCUAUCACUGGGAUAUGCGAACACGGCAAUGCAUAGACAAAGGCAAGGAUGAGGGUUGUGUCCGGGCAACGGCGAUUGCGUCGUCAUUGGAUGGUCGUUAUAUGGCCACGGGCGGCGACACAGGAGUGGUCAAUGUGUAUGAUAGGCAUAAAUACCUGAGCGGCAAGCGAGACCCUCUUAAGGCCUUGAUGAACUUAACGACAUGGGUAAAUUGUGUAAAGUUUAACCAUGAUGCGCAGAUUUUGGCGAUGAGUUCGAACAACAACAGGGACGCAUUGCGACUUGUGCAUGUCCCAUCGCUUACGGUUUUCUCAAAUUGGCCCACAACACGGACACCGUUGGCCUACAUUCAUUCACUGGAUUUCAGCCCCGGGGGAGGCUUCUUGGCUGUGGGGAAUUCACAAGGCAGGGCGCUCUUGUACAGGCUUCGGCAUUAUGAUCGUGCAUAGUUAAGGCUCCCAUCUGCCUUUUGUAAAUCUCUCCUGCAUCUGCCUUUUUCUAUCUCCACUGUGCUCCUUGGUAGCAUAGUAUCAGCCCACCACAUGAUUCUAAGAAUUUUCCAAUACCCAUGUUGAGUUGAAUGGAGUGCCGGCGUUUUCGUCCAAGCGGAAUGAUUUUUGAAGAUAUUGCAGGGAAAAAAGUGCUAACAGGGCAAGUUGUUUUGUUGCCAUCACAACUGCACGAGAUGAUUAGUUUCUGAGGUCGUCUAACUCUUCAGCAUCUUUAUCGUUGUCGUCCAUGCAUUAUGCACCCACCUAA